GAAUACGUACCUUGUUCGGCGUCUGCUAUCCGCGCCAGCUUGUCUUAUAUAUCUCUUUGCCAGAGCCUCAAUUGCUGUUGUCUCAUCACUUGCAAAACUCAAAAUGGGAAAGGUUCUUCUUGUCCUCUACGACGGCGGCAUCCACGCCGAGCAGGAGCCGCAGCUCCUCGGAACCACGGAGAACGAGCUUGGUAUCCGGAAAUGGAUUGAGGAGCAGGGCCACGAGCUCGUCACCACGUCCAACAAGGAGGGCGAGGACUCGGAGUUUGACAAGCACCUUGUUGACGCAGAGGUCAUCAUCACCACUCCUUUCCACCCCGGCUACCUGACUGCUGAGCGUCUGGCCAAGGCCAAGAACCUCAAGCUCGCCGUGACGGCUGGUAUCGGAUCCGACCACGUCGACCUCAACGCCGCCAACAAGACAAAUGGCGGCAUCACGGUUGCCGAAGUCACGGGCUCCAACGUGGUGUCGGUUGCCGAGCACGUUGUCAUGACGAUCCUGACGCUCGUCCGCAACUUUGUGCCUGCCCACGAGCAGAUUGCCAAGGGUGAAUGGAACGUUGCCGAGGUGGCCAAGAACGAGUACGACCUGGAGAACAAGGUGGUUGGCACCGUUGCCGUUGGCCGUAUCGGUGAGCGUGUGCUCCGCCGCCUCAAGCCAUUUGACUGCAAGGAGCUGCUCUACUUUGACUACCAGCCGCUGUCUCCCGAGAAGGAGAAGGAGAUUGGCUGCCGCCGCGUGGAGAACCUCGAGGAGAUGCUGGCACAGUGCGACGUGGUCACGAUCAACUGCCCGCUGCACGAGAAGACGCGCGGCCUCUUCAACAAGGAGCUCAUUUCCAAGAUGAAGAAGGGCUCGUGGCUGGUCAACACGGCGCGUGGAGCCAUUGUGGUCAAGGAGGACGUUGCCCAGGCGCUCAAGGACGGCCACCUCCGUGGAUACGGCGGUGACGUCUGGUUCCCGCAGCCGGCACCCAAGGACCACCCGCUUCGCUACGCGACCAACCCAUGGGGCGGCGGCAACGCCAUGGUUCCCCACAUGUCUGGUACCUCGAUCGAUGCGCAAAAGCGCUACGCCGACGGCACCAAGGCGAUUCUGGACGAGUACUUUUCGGGGCGGCACAACUACAGGCCCGAGGACCUUAUUGUGCACAAGGGCGACUACGCAACCAAGGCAUACGGGCAGCGCAAGUAGAGGGCAAGCAGGUUGGGGAGAGAGAGUAUUUUGAGCGAUUUUGGACGAAUUUCCUUUUGGGGUCUAGGGCGCUGGUUGGUCUUGACCCGCCUACCCAUGUACAUGAAUGAAAUAAAUGCACUUGACUUGAUGGAUCUGAUGGGUGAUGUGUUGUAGUUGUAGUGGUGAAGGAGAUUGUGCAAGGGCUG